UCUUAUUGGUGCACUGAAGGAGUUGGUGGCUCAAGGAUGGAAAUCUGAUAAUGGAUUCCGUUCAGGGUAUCAGAAGAAGCUCGAGCAUUGGUUGAAGACGGACUUCCCCAACACUGAUCUAAAGGUUAGCCCGCACAUCACUUCUAAGAUAUCGGCAUGGAAGAAGAACUACUACUCACUUGCCCAGAUCCUCGAGAGGAGCGGUGUUGGUUUUAACGAACAGGGUGAUUUCAGAAUUCAUUGUGAUGAUGACCAAUGGGAUCAGAUUGUUAGACAAGAUAAGAAUGCAAGGUGCAUGCGAUGGAAGUCUUGGCCAUAUUGGAAUGAUUGGAAAUACAUCUUCGGGAAGGACAGGGCUUCAGGUGGAGGUGCUGAGGGUGUGUCUGAGGCUGACAAGAACUUUGUGCAAGAAGAACUCGCUGGUGAUGCAGAGGGGUAUGGUGAUUAUCAUGUGUUUUUGGAUGAGAUACUAUCUGAUGAACCAUUCCACCCGACAGUAGCAGCUGAGCCUGGAGAAGGAAGUACUUCCCGAAGCCAACAGGAAAAUCCUCCACCAAAAAAAUGCAGCCGUAAGCGCAAGGGAAGUGAUGAGGGUGAUGGCUUGCUGAAACUUCUAAGUAAGCUCCAUGCCGAGACUAAUUCUCGUCUGGAUACACUGUCCUCACGCAUUGGAUAUGACAUGGACCUAGGCAAAGCAAGAAAGGAAAUCUUUCGUCACCUUGACAACAUGCCGGAGCUGUCAGAUGCACAAAAAUAUGAUGUAUGUGACAUCAUCGGGAAGGAAAACUCACGCUUGGAGAUCUUUAUGGGUUUGCCCGAUGCCAAAAAACCUGGCUAUGUGAUACGAGUCAUGGAGAAGGAACACCUCAUCUGAUGUCUAGUCUGAUCUUUUUUGGCGAUGCAUUGCGUUAUUUGGAUAUCGUUUUGGCUUCAUCUCGACAA